AGAAGCCUUUGAUGACCAUGGAAAAAGAUGCCCAUCAUUAUUCAUUUAUAUACAAAGCUCAAUUCAAGUAGCAAUAUGGAAACAGAGUCCACUCCAAAAUCCAUUUUUAUGAUUAAAUUUGUCGUAAAAUCAAAACCAAUUCAUUUGGGUUUCAGAGAUUUGGAUGAUUAACUUCGCUUCAAAGAGUCUGAAAGGUAGACGGCACCAUUAUGGGAAGCAUAAGUAAAUCAUCAAAGAAUUUUGGCUUUACCAUAAUUCUUUACUUGUAUUCUAUUUUUUCCAUGUUAACAAUAACCUCCUAUGCAGUAGAAUUGAACACCUUAACUACAACUCAUUCUCUUACAGACGGGCAAACCAUGGUCUCUCCAGACAGAUCAUUCGAACUGGGAUUUUUCAACCCCUCCGGCGGUAUUUCCAGGAAUCGAUACUUGGGAAUAUGGUACAAGAAAAUUUCUGAUGGGACUGUGGUAUGGGUUGCCAACAGAGACACUCCACUUACUGAUACCUCAGGAGGAGGAGUCUUAAAGCUCACAGACGGAGGAAUUCUCGUGCUUGUCAAUAGUACAAACAGCAUCAUCUGGUCUUCUUCAAAUUCAUCCUCAAAUAACAACACAGUGAAUUCAGCUCCAGUUGCACAGCUUUUGGAUUCGGGUAAUCUUGUUGUCAAAGAUGCAAAUGAUGAGAAUUUCCUGUGGCAGGGUUUUGAUUAUCCUGGAGACACUUUGUUGCCAGGUAUGAAGCUGGGAAAGAACCUAGUAACUGGAAUUGAUAGGCGUCUAUGGUCAUGGAAGUCCAGUGAUGACCCUUCUAAAGGAAACUAUUCUUUUGGAUUUGAUCUUCGUGGAUUCCCACAAUUAGUCCUCCUGAAUGGUUCGGUUGAGGAAUACCGCUCUGGACCAUGGAAUGGUCUCCGCUUUAGUGGCUCGGUGGGUUUAAAACCAAACAGCAUCUACACAUACCGUUUUGUUUUUGAUCAGCAGGAAGUGUAUUAUGAAUAUGAGCUUAUUAAUAGCUCAGUUCUCUCACGGCGGGUUUUGUACCAGAAUGGAAUUGUACAGCGCUUGACAUGGAAUUAUAAUACACAGGAUUGGAUAUUUUAUACUAAUACACCAGCAGAUAACUGUAAUUUUUAUGGGCUGUGUCAGGCCUAUGGUAUCUGCAGCAUUGCUGACUCCCCGGUGUGUGGGUGUCUUGAUAAAUUUGUUCCAAGGUACCCAAAAGAGUGGGACACAGCAGAUUGGUCAGGUGGGUGUGUUCGAAGAACAGCCUUGGAUUGCCACAAUGAAUCAUCAAAUGGAUUUAUCAAGUAUUCCGGUGUUAAAUUGCCUGACACGCGGAAUUCCUGGUUUAAUAGGACCAUGACCCUCAAGGAAUGUGAGACGGUAUGCUCAAAAAACUGUUCUUGUAUGGCUUAUGCAAAUAUAGACGUAACAGCAGGAGGAAGUGGCUGCUUGCUCUGGUUUGAUGCCUUGAUUGAUAUUAGGGAGCUCACAGAAAUUGGACAAGAUCUUUACAUAAGAAUGGCCUCCUCUGAGUUAGUAGAAACACAUGGUGUAGUCAUCACACAUAGCAGCUCCCUUGGAAAGGGAUCCGGAAGAUUGAAGAUUAUAAUCAUUCCUAUAUUACUUGCAGCAGUGGUUCUCCUAGGCCUGUUCUUUCUCUUGUAUUUCUUAAGGAGGAGGAAGCUGAGACUAGAACUAGUUAAACUCAAUCAAGAUUUAGAGUUGCCAUUAUUUGACUUUGAGACAAUAGCUAAUGCCACAAGUAACUUUUUGAUCGACAAUAAGCUUGGAGAGGGCGGCUUUGGACCUGUCUACAAGGGUGUGUUAGAAGAGGGACAAGAAAUAGCUGUGAAGAGGCUUUCAAGGAAUUCAAGACAAGGACUCGAUGAGUUCAAGAAUGAAGUUCUAUGUAUUUCCAAACUUCAGCACCGAAACCUCGUGAAGCUUCUAGGUUGUUGCAUUCAAGAUGACGAAAGGAUGUUGAUCUACGAAUACUUACCCAACAAAAGCUUGGAUUACUUCAUUUUCGAUAAAGAAAAAAGCAUGUUACUGGAUUGGCCUAAGCGCUACAACAAUAUCAAGGGGAUUGCUCGGGGAGUUCUCUACCGUCAUCAAGAUUCCAGACUCAGAAUUAUCCAUAGAGAUCUCAAGGCUGGUAAUAUUUUACUUGAUAACAACAUGAACCCCAAAAUUUCAGACUUCGGCAUGGCUAGAAUUUUUGGCGGUGAUGAAAUGGAAGCACAUACAAAUAGGGUGGUUGGAACACACGGUUACAUGUCCCCUGAGUAUGUAAUGAAUGGAUUAUUCUCGGUAAAAUCUGAUGUGUAUAGCUUUGGUGUAUUGGUGCUUGAGAUAGUUUGUGGGAGCAAAAAUAGAGGAUUUUCUCAUCCAGAUCACUGCCUCAACCUCCUAGGACAUGUAAGUGUCAAUAGCUACCUUGUAGUAUUUCAUGCAUUGAUUCAAGAAUUACUAACAAAAAUAAGUCGCAAUUAGGCAUGGACACUUUAUAAAGAAGGUAAACCUUUGGAUCUGAUUGAUGCAUCGGUAGUGCACUCGUGUAAUCUUACUCAAGCAUUUAGAUCAAUCCAUAUCGGUCUAUUAUGUGUGCAACAAAGUCCAGAGGAUAGGCCAAACAUGUCAUCUGUGGUUAUGAUGUUAGAUAGUGAGAUUGCUUUGCCUCAACCGAAAGAGCCCGGGUUUUACACUGGAAGAAAGUUUGCUGAAGUAGAUUCAUCAUCAAACAAGCCUAAAUUGUGUUCAUCCAAUCAAUUAACUGUAACAAUUUUGGCCCCUCGCUAGAAGAUGUUUCAUGUAAAUAUUUUGAUCCUCCACGGCUCCACACCUGGCAAAAACUUCUGUAUAAGCCUCUUUUUCAACAGAAAAAAAGAAGAAAGGAAAAUGUAAGUUAUUUCUGAUGUAGAAAUAAUUGGCUGAGGCAUAUUUGGAGAAAGCAAAAAAAAAAAAAAAAAAAAAAGCAUCUUUAGUCCAAUAAGAUGGCCUCCGGUAAUUUGCAGUAUUGGUGGAAGGGUGAGUCAUGUAAUAAUGUUUGUUAAUUUUGGUGGCCAGCUCCAUUAUGUGUUAUCUUUAUUUUAUUUCAUUUGAAAUUGCCAUGUUUACUAGAAACUUAACUAGCUGGUCUUUUGAUCUCUUUGAAUUUGUAAGCCUAGUCAUAUGUGUAUAGUGUUAUCCUUUAGUCUCAUAAGUUAUUUCAGUAA